CAAAGACUUUGACAUUGAAGGAGUAGGAGGAAAUCAACAUACCCAGUUCUAACAAAUUCAAUACUUUAAUGCAGGGCAUAGACAAUUUUUUAGCAGCUUUGGCUAAAUGUGAGCUAUUUAAAUGUGAAAAUGUUGACAGUCUGGCAGAAGGGUCUAUCGCAAAGCAAGAAAACAAAUGUGUAAAAAGCUAGUAUGAAAAGUGAGAGUGCAGAAUAUUUUGCACAACGCCCAUACACAUACUGCUUGAACGAAAGCUACCGGCCAAAAUAACUAGGUCAACUGAAUGCCCGAUUGCCUGUUACUUACCAUUCACCAGACUAUAUAAGCCCAGGAAUGGAGAACCAAAAUCAUCAGUUGUUUACCAAACUAACCUAGUACAACAUGAAGCUGUUCUUCGUCGCCGCAUUCUUGGCUGUUGCUGCCGCCGUACCAUCCAGCUACAAGCCGGAAUACAAAGCUCCCAGCUAUCCUGCCCCAAGCUACCCGGCACCAAAGUACCCUACUCCUAGCUACCCCUCACCAGCCUACCCCGCACCAGCCUACCCCACACCAGCCUACCCCGCACCAGCCUACCCCACACCAGCCUACAACAAGGAUAACAAAUACGAUGACAUUACCAUCACCAGCCAAUCUGAUGAGCGCAACCUCGAUGGCAGCAGCCAAUGGAGCUAUGCCCAGUCUGACUACACCACCCGUGAAGAGUCCCAGGUUCAGAAGAAGAUGCAAGGAGUCACUUACGAUUCUUACGGCAAAGAAUCGUACGGUGAAGUCCUAGGCAACACCAACAAGGGAUCCUCUUACUGGGUGUCCCCUGAAGGCCAGAAAUUUACUUUGACCUGGGCCGCUGAUGAAGCUGGAUUCCAGCCCAAAGGUGAUCACUUACCCGUCGCACCCGUCCACGAAUACGAACUUCCAGUUGCCCCCGUCCACAUCCCUUUCAACGGCAAAGGCUACAAGAUCUACUAAAUUAAUGAAAUCUCAAUUGAACAAAUAAUUUAAAACUAUGUAUUUUAUGCCUUACGCCUUUUGGCUCUUGCUGUAAAAAUGUGUGAAUAUAAAGCGGAGACUAUCUA